AGCUGUGAUAAAGCUCGAAUUAUAGCAAUCAGUUUUUUAAUCAUGCGCACUGGAAAACUGUGAGGCACAUAGCACGGUUAAAAACAAUUCCGUCUUUACAUUAGUUAUUACUUUCUAUUUUUGUAUGAGAAAUUGGUUAUAAUAAGAUGGACUACAACGAAACAUUACUCUCUUUGACAACAGUCGAUAAAACUGAUAAUGAAGAAAUUGAAAACUUUGAUGGCAGACUGCAACACAUCCUGCUAAAAAUAUUACCCACUUUACCAGAACAUGACAAAGAGUUUAUAACAGAUGAUAUUCGCUAUGAAAAUGGUUCGGAUAUCAGGUAUCAAUAUCUACGAGCAGUUGUGCGUGUAUUACAAACAAUAAAAACAUCCAAUAUAUCUAAUGAAGAGUCUUUACUCAGUAUUAAGCAGUUCCAUACUUUAAGAGUCGCCAUAGAAUUGGUAACUGCAAUAGGAAUUAUACCCGCUCUGUUACCUGGAGUGGGAAACAACAUGGUGAAACUAUGCCCUAGAGCUUCUGAGAUAUGCAAAGAAAAUGUAACAGAUCUACAGAAGUACAAAAGACUGACAUUCACAGUACAUUCUCUCAUGGAAUUGAGCAAUGAUAUCAUGUUCCAUUCUGCAGUGCUCGUUCAAAUAGGUCCCUUAUUAGCUGCACUUUUACAAUUAAGUCAUGCUCCACUGAUGAAGCCAUUAGAAGAAUCAACAUCAGCAGAAAAUACAAGCGAAAAUGAAUUUAAAAUGACGACAGAUUUGUACAAUAAAUUAAAAAAGGACCAGGACCUGUUCACUGGUUUAAUGCAGCAAUUAUUGAACAGCUGUCCGAUGUCUAUGAGUAUGAAAGAAUUUAUGGUAAUUCUCGGUAUGAAAGGAGCACCAAAAUGGCUACAAAGGGAAACUCGUAAAUAUUUAAUACACCAACUUAUGCAACCCAAUGGGAUUGUUUCGCUCGCGACUGCUGUUUGCGAGGAUGUCUUGGAUUUUGGCGAACACUGGAACAAAUUGGAUACUGUUUCUAGACUAAUAGCUGCUACUCAUGGCAGUGAUCCUGAUAAUUAUUAUCAAGCUAUAUGUCCACAGAUACUGAAUCUUUUAACAACGAAACAAGUAAAGUACUCGUCGACAAUAGCAAAUUGUUGCAUUAUCGCUCUUUACGAGCACAAUCCCGAUGUUUGUAUUAAAAAUAUUAUGGAGGUCAUAUGCGACUCGUUACUCGUCAAUCCAAUAAACAAACAAGAUAUAAUAAAGAACGAAGACGAAGUAGAAAGGUGUAUCGAAAUUUUGAUGAAUUGUUUCGUAACCGUAGAAGCUAAAUUUAAACAGCUGCCGUGCGAACUUUUAACGAAAGUAGCCGUUCCAUUAUUUUGCUUGUAUAAUAACGUCAGGCAAAGUGCUUGUCCGCUGAAGUCCAAAAUCAAGCAACUUGUACUGAGACUUUUGCACGAAGAGUCGUCGAGAAACAGUGUUUACGCCGAAUUGCUUGGACACAGUUCGACUGGAGACUUUGGCCAGCGUUUGGCGUCAAGAUUUGGACCAACAGGCAGAGUUGAAAUUAUCGGAAUAGACGCAACUCUUAAUUACGAAGAGUUUGCGGACAGCCUGCUCGAUUUAACGUCCGCGACCAAUGUGCUAUCAACGGAGUUAUUCUCGUAUUUAUUGAAGUUCUUAUCGAAUUCCAUGAAAUUAGAAAAGGAAGGCGAAAAUUUGCUAGAAACCGAAGACGAUAUGAUGGAAAGGAUCGGGAAACAGUUAGCUGCGGUAAAAUUAUUAUCGAAUCUAGCUAACGUAUCCGUCGUGCAAGAAGCGCAAAUAGAAAAUCCAAGGCCCAUAUUGUCUUUUAUAAAAUCGUUAUAUAAUAAUUACGUUAAGAAAGGACAGAAUUCGUCGGACGAAGGGGACUGCGAGAUUCUGUACGUUAGUUUGAUGUUGAUAAAAAUGAUUUUAAGCGUAAGAAGGAAACCUUUGAAUUGGGCAGAAUUCAAUGAUUUUGCAAUGUUUUUGAAAGAUAGUUGCACUCUUUCGAACGUUCCAAAGCAGUUGUUAUUAUUGAUGCGAGAACUAAUCGAACUCAUCGAAACUCAGGGUCGAUUAAAGCAAAAACAUUAUCGAGAUUUAUCAGCGGAUAAUAAGACUUCGAGCAUGUUUAACAACGCGCUUAAAGACGUUACAGAUCCAUUGCUUCCUGUACGUGCUCAUGGUCUAAUAACGUUUACCAAACUGAUCGAAAAUAAGGAUCCGUGCGCCACUGCCAGAAAAGCGAUUAUAUUACAAUUGUUUAAAGAAAAUUUAAAAAACGAAGACUCGUUUAUAUACUUGGCAGCAAUCAACGGACUAUGCACUUUAGCCACAUCGUACCCGCAGGUAGUUAUAGAAACGUUGGUACAAGAAUAUGUCGACAUGGCAAACCGUGUUGCAACUGGAGAAAUAACAACAGAAACUAGGAUCAAACUGGGAGAAAUACUUGUAAAAGUAACGCGAUCUUUAGGUGAAAUGGCAUCUGCAUACAAAAACAUCUUAGUAAACGGAUUUCUGUGCGCCACACGAGAUUCAGAUUCGUUGGUACGCGCUUCUAGCCUUUCCUGUUUAGGUGAAUUGUGUAAAGUGUUAGGCUUCCGAUUGGGAGACAUACUCAUCGAGGUAAUCUAUUGCGUCAGUUGUAUAAUAAAAACUGACAAGAUUCCCGAAUGUCGACGAGCUGCGGUUAUGGUUGUCACGUUGUUACUUCGAGGGCUUGGAAAAGACACUUUAACCAGCCUUGGUAAAGAUUUGGUGGAGCUGUAUCGUGGGCUUAAACAUUUAAGAAACAAUAGCGAGGAUCCAGUGUUACGUUUGCACGCUCAAUUAGCCCUGGAAGAGUUGGACGACAUUGUGCGUGACUUCCUAUUUACGCCACCGAAACUGGAGAAAAGAAUGUUUCUGUUGGAUGUGUCGUGACGGGAUAUAC